AUGAGCGGGGAAUGGGGGUUUGGGACUGUAUUCAAGUUCUUCGUAUGGGGUUAUCUGUUGGGAGGGUUGACGCUCAUACCUGGUGUACUUGUAUUUGCCUGGUUCUGGUGCACCACGCCCGUUGAGCUGGAGAAUCUGGAAGCGACUACUGUCACCAGUGAUGGACAGACACCGGGGCAACGCAGGACGUCGAACGGGUCGGCAGGUGGCAAAAGAGUAGACGACAUACAACUGGGCAUAGGACUAGACGAUGGUAUACUGGAGAAGCUCAAGGGCCGAAAACACGAGCCAGAUGCGUGCGCUGGCUACUUUGCCGUCUGCCGCGAAUAUGUACCCGGUGGUGUCAACGGCAAGCCACCGGAUCGGACGACUCCUGCCGGCGCUGUCGUGGCUGUGGAAAGUCCCAGUGUAUACCAGUCAAUGUACAGGAGCAUCUUCGACCGGAACAAGACUACGAGCCCGUCGAUAGAAGCGUCCAACACAAAGAACAAGAAGGCGCGGAAUGUAUUCUAUGUGGUCCUGCGUCUGGGACACCUAAUGCUCUACGACAACGAGGAUCAGCUCGAAGUCCGCCACGUCAUAUCACUCGCCCAUUACAAGGUCGACCUAUACGGAGGUGGGGACAGCAUACCUGAGGGCGAGUUAUGGAUCAAGAGAAACUGCAUUCGACUGGUGCAGGAAAUGGACGACGAUCCCGCCGCAGACCCGAAGAGCUUCUAUCUCUUUUCCGACAACUGCUCCGAGAAGGAAGAUUUCUAUCACGCAAUGCUACACGCCCAAGAGGGCCAGAAGGACCCUUCUGAUGCAGGCUCGCCAUCCAUCCCACUCAAGUUCGAUACAACAGACUUGGUUAAGCUGGUGCAACAACUGCAUGCCUCAGAAGAGAACUUGCACACGCGAUGGAUCAACGCGCUCAUUGGGAGAGUAUUCCUGGCUUUGUACAAGACGUCGCAAAUCAAGGACUUCAUCGCAGCCAAGAUCAACAAGAAGAUCGCUCGUGUGCCCAAACCCGCCAUUAUCAGCAGUGUGCAACUGCGCAAAGUCGACAUGGGUACCUUGCCGCCAUUUAUCACAAACCCUAAGCUCAAGGAGUUGACGGUCGAUGGUGAUCUCGUUGUUGAGGGAGAUAUUAGCUACAAAGGCAACUUUCGCAUUGAGAUAUCAGCUACUGUGCGUAUCGAUCUCGGAACACGGUUCAAGGCUCGCGAGGUGGUACUCGUUUUGGCUACCGUAUUGAAGAGGCUCGAUGGACACUUCCUCAUUCGAGUAAAGCCGCCGCCCAGCAACAGGCUCUGGAUGACGUUUGAAACGCCUCCCAAGAUGGAGUUCUCGCUCGAGCCGAUUGUGAGUUCCCGACAGAUUACAUAUGGCGUUGUUCUCAGAGCCAUUGAGAAUCGCAUUCGAGAAGUGGUAAAUGAGACACUGGUUCUUCCAAAUUGGGACGACAUGCCAUUCACCGAUACCAUUGCGCAAGUCAUCCGCGGAGGAAUAUGGGAAGACAACGCCAAGGAUGAUGAAGACGCCGACAAGAUCAAACAGGAUGACGCUACACUGGAGACAGCGAUCUCUGAUGCGGAGAAACUUGAUGAGAAGUCCGACGCGGCCAGUGCACACUUUAGCAUUGCUUCUACCUGUGUUGACUCGGAAGAAAUGGGAACUGGCGUGACCUCGUCUGCAGAUGUCAAGCCUUCGUCUGCAUCGACGAGACCACGGACAAUGCGCUCGUCCUCGUCAACAGCUCAAGUGAAGCUUGACUCUGCUAAUGCUUCGGCUGAGAUGGUACAAGACCGCAGCCAAACGCCAACAAGCGUUAGAUCUCUCCCUGGGGCCUCGCCCAUGAGACCAAAGAAUUCACGGCAAGCAACCGAGGCUUCAGACAGCUCAUCAGAUGACGUUUCGGCGGCUAGCAUCUAUGCAGGGAGUACGGCAUCAGCGCCAGCCCCCAACACAGAGAAACUUCAUAACCGAAGCAAAUCAAGGGACCUGUCUGCACAAGAGAUAGCUGCCGCAGCUGCUGCGGCGGCCGGAGCAACCAGUAUGCAGACCAAGAAGCAAACCAUCAACCAAUCCCUCAACUCGGCCACAGCAGCGGCGCGGAACUGGCUCGCCGCAAAGCAAAACAACCGAACCAAUUCCAACAAUAGCAACACCAAUACCAACCGUCCACCGACAUCCGAGGGUCCAAACGGUACAGAAAGCAUGGAAUUGUUCCAACAAGACUCUUCUCUCCGUCCUCCACUCCCAACAACGCCUUCCACAAUCACAAAAUCACACACCGAACCCAUGGGCAGAGGCCAGCCAUUGCCUCCUCCCGGCACACCCUUACCACUGCCCUCGAAUGCCAAACGACAAACGUGGGCCGCUAUUCCCGCUGCAGCAACCACAUUUGCAAACACCCUCACCAAGCGCAAGCCCGCUGGUCUCUCAACGCAAAAAUCAAUUGAGGAUCUCAACUCGCCUACUAGAUCGGCUCUGGGAACAGCGUCGUUGCUUCCUCCCGCCGCACAUUUCCCGGAUCAGGAUGCACGCGCGGGGUUGCAUGAUGAUGAGGGAGAAGAGAUGUGGAGAGAGAUGAGGCGGACUCAGAGUACAGCUGCGGCGGCAGCAGCAUCUGCAGUGGCAGCUAGUGAGUUGUCGACAGUGCCGCCUCCUUUGCCCAAACGGAGACAGAGACAGCCGAGUGUGAAUCAAAGGAGUGGCCACAAUAGGCAGACGAGCCAGAGUUUGCUGCAGAGGGAUGGGGGGCUAGGUGAGGGCUUGCUGGUUGUCGAGGCGCCAGUAGCAGAGGGGAGUGCGCCGUCUAGUCCGGUCAGGGGCGAUGGGCGGACUGGUCAGAGAGCGCCUUUGGGUGAGGAUAAGGCGAAUGAGAGGGGUGUGACUUAG